GACCCACUUGUAGCCAUGUGCUAACGGAAGAAUUCGGAGAAAUCAAAUCGCCAAACUAUCCGAAUGCUUAUCCUGAUAAUCUCAUCUGUUCAUGGACAAUUCGAAAACCACAAAAUCGGAGUGAACUUAUCUUUCUUAGUUUUGACGUCGAAGAAUCCUACGAUGGAAGAAGAUGUCGAUUUGACGUUGUUUUUAUUCAAGUUGGAACCCAUAACAGACGAAAAACCUACGGACCUUUAUGCGGCCAAGAUAUACCAGGACCGUUCCAGUUUGGAGAGGAGGUUUUGAUCACCUUCCUGACCGACAGAAUAGGAGCAUACAGCGGAUUUCACGCAUUUUACAGAACGGUCGGAUCGGACAUCGAACCCAGCACUCCAGUACCGAGGAGUUGUGAGUACACCGAAAUGGAAUUGGACAACAUCACUCAGUGCGACUACCAUAUUGCUACUGAGAGUGGAAUAAUCACUUCGCCAAACUAUCCACAGGACUACGGAAACAAUCUGCACUGUUCUUGGAUGAUUAUAAAACCGAAAAACCCAAGUCUUCUGAGGUUCACUGACUUUGAGGUGGAAGAGGUAAACUGGGGUGACCGCUGUCAGUUCGAUUAUCUGUACGUGUUUGUCGGAACCGGCGUUCACGUGACCUCUUACGGACCGUUUUGUGGCAAUAUUCCACCAGAGCCCAUAAAAUAUUCCGACGAAGUACAGAUUACAUUCACAACCGACAAGAAUGAAACGCGCAAGGGCUUCGCUGCGGAGUUCGGACCAGAUAUCUGUUUGUUAUGCAAUUCCACACUACUCAGUUGCCAUUUCCGAAUAUGAAGAUCCCACUCACUCGAGGUGCGUUCGAUUGCAUGCAACUGACAUUUAAUUGUGUUGUACGUCGAUUCACAAUUAAAAUUUGCUGUAAUCUGCUCAUGUGUAUGAGCGCAAUACUUGAGGAAAAAU